AUGUCCAACAAGGCUGCGGAGCUCAAGGCGCUCCGCCGGCAAGACGACACCGAGCGCCGCCGCAUCCUCUCUCAGCUCGCCGAGGACAAGGCCGAGCGCGAACAGCGCCGCCAGGCGGCUAUCUUCCCCGGCGGCAGGCACGCGGCCGCUCCGGCGGCAGAGGCGCGGAGCACGCAGGCGGCAUUCGACGAGGCGGCGCGGCGCGAGAGGCUGCAGGCGAUGCACCAGAGCAAGCUCCAGCAGGAGCGCGAGAAGGAGGCCAUCCGGCGGCGUGUGAGCGAGGACCGACUGGACCGAAAGGUCGGCGCCGCCGCCGCGCGCCUCGGGACCGUGCGCAACGCGACCGGCGCCGGCGCUUCGGCCUCCGGGGCCGGGGGCGUCGUCUCUCCGCCAACCGACCCGCAUGUGACGACGUCGGAAGUGCGCGUGCGGUGCGAGGACGGCACCGUCCUCCGCCGCGUCUUCGGCGCCGACGCGCCCGUCGCGAUGGUAGCGCAGAUGGUGCAGGAGCAGCGGCCGGCGGUGGCGGGACCGUUUGUGCUUCGGGCCGGCCUCGCACCACGCGGCACCCUCCUCGUCCUCGCUGAGCACUCGCGCGGCCUGGUGCGGCGCGCGGGCGAGGAGGAGGACGACUCCGAGAUUGGCCAGCAGGCGAAUGAAGAGCAGCUGCUCGCCGAGAUGCCCGUCGGCGCGCCGCCGCCCGGCGACGCGGGAAGCUACGAGGAGAUGCUCGAGUACGCCGAGCGCGUCGGGCAGGUGUCGACGGGCUUGAGCGUGGCGCAGGACCAAGGACACACUGGCGGCGAGGCGGGUGCUCCGCGCGGGUGA